UUAAUAUGGUCGCCUGCUGUAUGUAAGACAUAGGCUUACACAUAAAUUUGGAUUUUUGCCGUACUCAAGUUGGAUAUUUUGUUGGAGAAAUUGAAAGUCCGAACCCAGAUCCAUCAUGGAUGAAUACGUGGAUCCCGAGAAGGAGCGGGAGGAGCAGCUGAAGCUCCUGCAGUCUUACAUUGGAGAGGCGGAGGAUCACAUGAGAAAGAGAGAUUACAAACGUGCCAUGGAGGGCUAUAAUUUAGCCUUAGAAAUUGAACCCACAGACAAGAACUGCCUGGUUGCCCGAUCCAAGUGCUACCUCCAACUCGGUGACUCCAAGCAAGCACUGAAAGAUUCAGAGGCUUCACUCUCAGAUGAUGAGAAAUAUAUCAAGGGUUUGUUCCAGAAAGCAGAAGCCCUCUAUCAGAUGGGAGACUUUGAGAUGGCCCUCGUCUUCUAUCACCGUGGCAACAAAUUAAGACCAGAGCUCCAAGAAUUCCGUCUAGGCAUCCAGAAAGCACAAGAAGCAAUUGACAACUCGAUAGGAAGUCCUUCAAAGGUAAAACUAGAAAACAAAGGGGAUUUAUCUUUCUUCAAUAAGCAAGAUGAGGUUAAGACUAAAAAACCAGCAAGGAUGGGCUACAGUAAACCCAUGGCAAAGCAACAAGAGAACAAGAAGAAAAGACCAGCCAAACCUGAUCAGACGGCUGCUGAAAAGAAGACGGCAAAGCAACUUUUAGGAGAGCUCUACGCUGAUAAGGAAUACCUUGACAGGCUACUCAGAGAUGAAGACCUGACAAGAUCAGAUACAGACAGCGGUAACCGGAUCUACGAUCUAGUCAACGAGGGUCUUCAGUACCUGGACACCAGGACAGAGUUCUGGAGGCAACAGAAACCCAUGUAUGCCAGGAAGAGAGAGAAGGAAGAGGCCAAAGGGGCACGAGAGAAGAACAAGCAACAACCAGCCGAUCCUGCCAAGUAUAUACUCAAGAACCUUGAAGAAAUUGAUGCAGCACUGGCUGACAACAGACCUCGUGACGCUCUCAGGCAAGCCCAGAAGGUCCUCAGGAACGUUGAAAGCUGGUCAGAGAACGACGUCCCCGAGAAGCAAGACUUCAUCGCCAACCUUCACAGCUGUCUGGGUAACGCUUACCUGGACCUUGGUAAGAUGCCCGAUGCAGAGCAGAACCAUCAGAAAGACCUCGACCUCUCCACACAAAGUGAAAAUGACGAGGGCAGGUCAAGAGCGCUCGACAACCUUGGUCGCGUCUAUGCUCGCAUCGGCAAGUUUACCGAAGCAGUCGCGAACUGGACGGAGAAGCUUCCACUGGUCAAGUCUGCCCUGGAAGGCACAUGGUUGUACCAUGAGAUUGGACGAUGUCAUCUAGAGCUGGGAGACUUCCAGGAAGCGAGGGACUGCGGUCAGAAGAGUCUUCAGGCCGCCCAGGAAGCCGGGGAUGACGUCUGGCAGCUCAAUGCCAGUGUUCUCAUCGCACAAUCUGAAGUCAAACUUGGAGACCUGCAAGAGGCCAUCGAUUCCUUUGAGAGAUCCCUCGACAUGGCCAAGGUUCAAGGAGACGAGCCAGCGCAGAAGGCCAUUGCCAGUGCCUUGGAGGACCUAAAUGAAAAGAUCGUGCAAGGGAUCAAGGACAAGGAGGCUGAAGGAGACGUCCUACAAGAGGAGGAGGGAGAGAAGGAGACGCAGGAGGAGAAGGAGAAGGAGAAGGAAGUUGAGGAAACAAAGGAAGACGAGGAGGAGCCAGCAGCUGAACAGACAGAAGACCAGAAAGAAGAAUAAGCAUCAAAUUAUUGGAGAUGAUUAUAUUUGGAACAUUCUAAGACCGUUCAUCAUGUCCAAAUGUGGAUAAUGAUGAUCAGAGAAUUUAGAAUGCAAGGCACAACCCAUUUGUACACUGUACAAAAAUAUCUGAAACCGUUUCCCCCCACAAUAUCAACACACUUUCGAAUUGGUGAUAUAAAUAGUUCUGAAAAUGGAAUGGUGUAUGCAAGAGAUUUGCCUUUAAUAAGGUACAAAUGUUUAGAAACUCCAUAGUUUUGCAAGUGGUUCUCAUCAUUAGGUAAUCAAUAUUGGAAUAAGUUCAAGUCGUUGUAAGUUAGGAAUGACUUCAAAAAAAUUUCUUGUAAUGCUUUAUGUAGUCCUACAAAAUAUAUAAUUCUUUCCAUCCUUCAUCCAGUAUAUGGCAUUUGAUUUAUAUGUUUUUAUGUUAACGUAUACACUUUUGAGAAUAAUCAUGUUCAAUAAAAUGAUACCAUAGAUAUUGAUAGUAUUCAGAUAUUUUUAUUUUCUUUGAUUUGUUUAAGGGAGGAAGGAGGGCUGAUCUACAGCUUGAAUCUCUUCAAUACCUAAUGUCUCUCAGCAAUAUCAUAUUUCUUCCACCAUCAAAUCUUUCUAAUUUUUAAGUACCAGAUUUUAGUACUGUGAUUAUCGCUAUAACAAGCAAUAACUGACGGUAGUAGUUGUUACGUGGUCAUUUUGAUAAAUUAUCAAUUAUUAGAGAUGAGAAAAUAACUGGAUAACCGAUCAGUGCUGUACUCGGAGACAUUUGUCCCGUUGCAUAAAAAAUGUUUGAUGAAAUGCAAAGUUUUCUGAAAAUCAAACAGAAGCAGACAAUUUUUGCUGAAAAUGGUUGAAAUACAAGUUGUCUGUUAAUUUUUAGUUGUAUUUUGUCAUAAAUGCACAUGAAUGCCCCUUUAAACUGUAAACUUUCACAUGAGGCCUUUACAAUCUUUAUUUCAAUGUGAACUUUUUUAUUAGUGUAAUUUAGAGAUUUUCUGUUCUUUCAGAAGAGUGAUUCAUAUUUUCUUGUUUGUUUGAGACAAGACCACAGGAAUUUUUGAGAGGGAUUGCUUAGCAAUCAUGUGUUUAAUUAGGAUGUUAUUGAAUUCAUGAUAUUAUUUAUCAAAGGAGUCCAUUAUGCACAUGAUGUACGUAUUUUCUCUUAACUAUCUUGUAGAUUCCAACAUGUUUAUUUAUUUGGGCGGCGAUACAAGCCUUUUAGAAGUAAUUUGGUGGGAGAAAAUGUUUUGAUACGAGAGAAUUUGUCAAAAGUUCCUUUUUGAUUGCCUUGAUGGAUAGUACAUAGUGUAUAAUACAUGAUAUAAGCCUACAGUUUUGUGAGAUAUUAACAUUUUGAAAUGAAAUUUUUGAUAAUUUUGUCCCAAUGAAAACCCUCAUCACGAAACUUUUCUGAAAAGUGUACUGAUAAUUUGUUUGGUUUUAUUUCACAACAAAGUUGAAGCUUUUAGUUGAGAUACUUGUAUAGUCUUUUGUUAUAAAAUAUCAGAAUAGAAUGGUAAGUUCUUUGGAUGUUCAGGAAAUGCCUGUCGCAUCGUUGCCUGGCUUACGGACCAAUACUGUACCAAAACUGUACCGUACACAAAAUCAAAGAAAAUUAAAAUAUUGUACAUGAUAUAUUCUAUGUAAAUAAAUUAGCAUUUUGUACCAGAUUCUAUUUUCCUUUAUUAUGGAAGGUAGCCGUAUGUAUAAAAGAAGUAUUCACGUUCCUCCAGAUAUACUUGAUCUUUCAUUAAUGGUUUUGUGGCUAAAGCCCUUUUGUAAAUAAUAUUUGUUUUAUGUAUAUAUUACAUGUAUAUGUACAAAGAUAUGUUCUUUGACCAUCCAAUAAUAAAUGUUUGCUACUUGUAAAAAAAAAAAAAA